GAGGCGGUCGCACCUCUUUAAUCGCGGAUAAAAACCACCCUCGCGAGUACCCUCCUAGCGCUCAUCUCCUACGCUUUCUGCCUCUAUAUUCUCCCCGCCCCGCGCGAUGCGCGUUGCCGCCGCGGGCGUGACGAAGUGAAGAAGAGGUUUUGUUUUUUUUUUUUUUCCUCGUUUUCCUCGACCAUGGGCGACUGCGGAGCCCCCGGGGACGUGAAUUCCAACGUGCUGGUGGCCCGCAGCACCGGGGACGCGCAGCUGGACAAGGCGGUGUGGCAGUGGCUGAGCUGGGACAAGAACCAAAAGACAAAGGAGCAGAUCGAGAGCUUGCUGCAGGAUGGGAAGCACAAGGAGCUGCGGGACCGCCUGUGCUGCCGGCUGAGCUUCGGCACCGCCGGGCUCCGCUCGGCCAUGGGAGCGGGGUUCUGCUACAUCAACGACCUCACGGUGAUCCAGUCAACACAGGGGAUCUACAAGUAUCUUGAGAGGAAUUUUUCAGACUUUAAGCAGAGAGGCUUUGUUGUUGGAUAUGACACACGAGGUCAGGUCACCAGCAACUGCAGCAGUAAGAAGCUUGCCAAGCUCACUGCAGCAGUGCUGCUGGCCAAAGAUGUCCCUGUGUACUUCUUCUCUACCUAUGUCCCCACACCCUUUGUGCCCUACGCCGUGCAGCAGCUCGGGGCUGUGGCUGGAGUGAUGAUCACAGCAUCCCACAACAGGAAGGAGGACAAUGGGUACAAGGUUUACUGGGAAAAUGGAGCACAGAUCACUGCUCCUCAUGACAAGGAAAUCAUAAAAUGUAUAGAAGAGUGUGUUGAACCAUGGAAUGGCUCUUGGAAUGAAAAUCUAGUGGACACCAGUCCCCUUAGGCAGGAUCCUCUGAAGAAAAUCUGUGACUGCUACAUGGAGGACCUGAAAAAGAUCUGUUACCAUAGGGAGCUGAAUGUGCAGACGAGUUUGAAGUUUGUUCACACCUCUUUCCACGGAGUGGGACACGACUACGUGCAGUUGGCUUUCAAAGCCUUUGGCUUCCAGCCCCCCAUCCCAGUACCCGAGCAAAAAGAUCCAGACCCAGACUUCUCCACUGUCAAAUGCCCCAAUCCUGAAGAGGGAGAAUCUGUGCUGGAAUUGUCCCUGAGGCUUGCAGAGAAAGAAAAUGCUAAAGUAGUAGUGGCCACUGAUCCAGAUGCAGAUAGACUGGCAGUGGCAGAACAUCAGGAAAAUGGCUGCUGGAAGGUGUUCACUGGCAACGAGCUGGCGGCGCUGUUCGGGUGGUGGAUGUUUUCCCGCUGGAAGGAGAACUGCCCCCAGGGUGCUGAUGUGAGGGAUGUUUACAUGUUGGCCACCACAGUCUCGUCGAAAAUCCUGAGAGCAAUUGCUCAGAAAGAGGGAUUUCACUUCGAGGAAACACUGCCUGGUUUCAAAUGGAUUGGAAGCAGAGUAAAAAACCUCCUGGAUAAUGGGAAAGAAGUUCUCUUUGCAUUUGAAGAGUCUAUUGGCUUUAUGUGUGGCACAUCAGUGCUGGAUAAAGAUGGUGUAAGUGCUGCUGUGGUCAUUGCUGAAAUGGCAACGUACCUGGAGAGCCAGAACCUCACAUUGGCACAGAAACUCGUUGAGAUAUAUGAAAUGUACGGAUAUCACAUAUCCAAGACUUCCUAUUUCUUGUGCUACGACCCUCCUACGAUCAAAAGGAUAUUUGAGAGGCUUCGGAACUUCGACGGCCCUCAGUCCUAUCCCAAGUGUUGCGGGGUUUACAACGUGUUACAUGUCAGAGAUGUCACCACUGGCUAUGACAGCAGCCAGCUGAACAAGAAAUCGGUGCUGCCGGUGAGCAAAAGCAGCCAGAUGAUCACCUUCACCUUCCAGAACGGUUGUGUUGCCACCCUUCGGACCAGUGGGACGGAGCCCAAGAUCAAAUACUACGCUGAGAUGUGUGCCCUGCCCGAGCAGAGUGACAGGAGCGUGCUGGAAGAAGAACUCCAGAAGCUGAUCGGGGCUCUGAUCGACAACUUCCUCGAGCCGGACAAGAACGGGCUGACCUGGCGCUCGGCUUAGACCUUCCCAGGAGCCUCCAGGGGGAACAAAGGGCCCAAGAACAGGAUCAGUUCCAAAUGUCUGUGUGUGUGUGUCUGUGUGUUAAACAGCUGCAUUUUUGUUCCCUGAAGAAGCAGCGUUCUUUUGUCAGGCUCUUCACCAAAGUCCGGGCUAGAAAAAAAAAAAGGGGGAGAGCAAAUCGGAGAAAAGAGCGGAAUUAAUUGUUAGAAUUUUCCAUCCUUUUGACCAAAAGGUUAAUUAACCCCCAUCAGUGCAAGUGAACUGCCCUGAUAUGUUUAAGGCAGGUGAUCUUAGCCACGGGAUCUUGUCUUAAACUCGCUCCAGGUACUUAAAAUACAUUUUUUCUUUGUGUGAAAAGCUUUGAAAGUCAGGUAGGGAUGAUCGCUCCAGACUGACAAAAAUCCUGCUUCUUUCUCUCAGCUCUGUGUGACCCUCAGAAAAUGGGUCUGUGCUUCCAAAACCGUGGAAGUAGAGCUCAGCAGUUCUUGUUUAGGCCGAUUGUUGACAUUUUUCAGCUGCUUAAUUCUCCUGUUGGUGAAGGUGUUCUUGGUGCAUUUCCUGUGUCUGUCUUUCAAAAAAAAACUUGGCAGUGAAGCAAUGGUGGCAACACCUGCAGUUCUGCUUUGGGGUUGGAAUUGUGUAGUGCCUUUCCAAGGCUUCCAGAGGAGAAGGAAUUGGUCAUUACUUGGUUAAAUUGCCCAUUCUGACUGUCAUAGGCUUUGUAGCUCUUUUUUUGUCCCACCUUCCUCAAGGGUCUUAAGGUUUUUUUUGUUGUAGUUUUUCUGUGCCAGUCAGUGACUCUUUGGGUUCUUCUGACCUGCAUUUAUUUAUAUUGUUUAAAAAAGUGGAGGUGAGACACUGACACAGUUACUGAGUCAUGAUUUUUUUUUGCCAUGUCUUGUCAGCUAAUUUCUAUUUGAGUAGCACUUUUGUAAAUACUAUUAUUCUUUAUCUUUCAGGGCAAAUAUUUGACAGCUUCUCAUUAUCUGUUUUCUGAGUAGAAAGUGAUACACUAAUCACUUUCUAAUCACAUUUCAAAAAAAAAAAUAGGCCAUUGCACAAGUUCUCCUGCAGAGGUUGUGGUAUUUCAGAAGAUCAAAGCCACACUUUGGCACAGGAGAGCUGGUUCUGGGCCUCUCUCCCUGUUAUCACUGACAGAAAAUAAAUAAAAAAAACCAGGUAAAACCCAGCACUGAGUUGUUAAAAGUUGAUGUGAGAAGAACCCAAAAUGCACUUCAGUCCGAGCUGUUGUUUGCCACUCUUGUUAACUCCCCAGAUUUGUCCUCCAUCUGAUUUUUACCCUUCCAGCUGGAUGGCACAGGGUGGGGCUGUGUGUGUUGCCUCUCCAUGGCUUUAAAGAGCCCCUCGGUUUGGGGUUUUUCCUGCACUAUGUCCGUGGAGAAGGUAUUUUGGUGUAUAUGAAUGUACAUGUGCCACAGAAGGUCUGUGUUGCACAAAUCCUGACCUGUCACUAUUUAUUUAUUCCUGUUUGUUUUUGUUUUAAGAGAAAGUAUCUCCAAAUUGUUCUGCCGUUGAGUGAAGUGUAUCUAAUGCCAAAAACCUGCCUUUUUCUUUUUUUGUUUGUUUUUUUAAUUGUACAUUUGAUUGAUGGGGGGGGAAAAGUUAAAUCAGAGUUUGCUUAUGUUGCUGUAUAAUUCUAGGUAGGUCUGGAAGGUGUGAAGGCAUUUCUGAUGCUGCUUUGCCUUCAAUUUUCCCCAAAAAAAAAGGUGCAGAUCUGCACCAAGUUUGAAGGAGCUCUUGCCAUUCCUGCCUUUGGCAGCAGAUUAAACCCUGAAGCAUUGAGGAUUUGUUUUCUCCUGGUGGUGCAAAGUUGACUUGGGACAUAACUCUGAACACAGGCUGUAAAAAGCAUUGUGUGUGUGUGUGUGUGCCGUGUGUUAUUGUAGCAGUUCUGUCUUGUGAGUGAUCUUUGUGCUCCUACAAAGAGCAGGAAUCUGCCACUUCCCAGGGAUCCGCUUUGGCUCGGUAGCCAAGUGUUACAAAUGAGGAAAAUCUGGGUUUCUGAAUAAGCAUAGAAGUUGGUAUAACUGUUCAUAGUCUAAGUAUCUUUCAUUAAACGAAAAAAAACCCAGAUGUGGGUGUUGUGUACCUGGGGUUUUUCCCCGUGGGUGGGUCUGGCAGUGAGUCGUAGCUGUUAGUGAUGCUUUUGGGGUGAACAGCGACAGGCACAACGUGUUGAAUGUACUUCUAAGGGUAGAAUAACUAUUUGCUCUUUUGAAACUGCUGCUACUGUUGUUCUCCUGCUGUUUUGGAACUGUUGGAUAUAUUUAUACUGUUCCAUUUGUGGAACUCCUUUAUCUCCUUCUGAUCUCGCAUCCCUUAUCUCUGUUACUGUGAAGGACUGGAAUUCUCCUGUUUCCCUGCUCUGUAACUUUGUUAUGCACCGUGGUAGGGUUCAUCUGGCUCCUGCACAACCUUCUUUCAGUUGUUCAGCUGGGUUUUUUAUUUUUUUCCUACUUCUAGGAUAAGAACAAAGGCCUUUCUGACCUGAGUAGGGAGCAGGUCACAGAUCAAAAGGACACCCUGGGUGUUGUUCACGAGGUGCUUCCAGGCAAAAUACACCUUUUGAGAGGUUGGACCCUGACUUAAAGCACAGUCACAGGGCCAGUGAGUUGGGUUUAGUGUUUGAUAAAACCCAGAGGGCUUGGUUUUGUCUCUUCCCCUCUGAUGUGACAGGUUGAAUCCCUGUGGCAAAGCUGUUUCCCUGGGUCUGGGACAGGAGCUUUCCAAGUUCAGGGGACUUGCCAGGCAAGGCUCAGUGUCAGUGAGGCACAGCUUGUAGCUGGAUUUCUUAUUCUAGUUGUGAAACAGCACCCAGUCUGUGUGGCUUAAAUAGUUCCAAGGGCUGCCUGUGUCUCUCCUGCAUCUCUAAAGGAGGAUUCCUGGCAGGAUGUGAGGGAAUCACAAACUCUGGCAUGGGAGAGAGGGAGGGAAUGUGUUUAACAGGGAAAGAUGGGCUGGAAACCUCCAGCACCAGGCUGGCUGUGGCCCAGAGUAGCCCCCACCUGGUGUUGGGGUGCUGAGCCAGGUCUGCUUCCCUUGUGUUCCCAGCAGGAUGUGACUCAGAGGAGCCGGGGUUCCCUUGGGAGAACUGGGAUGCGGCCUGAGGAGCUACUGAUGUCCCUCACUUAAAUACCCAGCUCUUCCUUCUAAAAGAGGGGACAUGCACUUGUGCUGUGCACAGGGUAGGAGAAGUGAAACCCUCCAUGUCUGAGGUGGAGGUGAGCUGCCCACGCUCUGCCUGGGGCUCCCUGCCCUGCCCUGCCUGAUCCUGAGCUGUUGCUGUCCCAGAUCGGUGGUUUUACCUGCAUGUUGACAUUCCUGGUGUCGUUCCCUGGUUUAUCUGUGCCCAGCUAGCACUUGGAGUGUCCCCUCUGCCAGGCUCCUGAGGGAUUAGGGAUUUCAGCUCCUGUUAAAAGUGUGUUUGUGUGGAAUUCUGGGAGCGCUGAUGGAGAAGCCACAAGGUGGAGCGAGGCAGAAUGGAAUGUGUGUGCUGCUUUAGGAAGCACUUGGAUGUUCCCUUUAACUUCAAAACUAGUGUUGUUACCACUUUAUUUUGUCUUUCCCCCCACCCUUUGUCCUCUCCUCUCCCUGGCUGAGAGGGGGAUCUCUGCAUGGUGACACCUGGGUGGUUCCAGCCCAGCUUGACUCCCAGAACAUUUGCCACCCUCCCUGCUCAAGAGUAGCUCUGUUCAAGGUGACUGAAGUAUCUGAAGUUGAAUUGUUUCCCUUGCCUGGAAUCUUGGAUCUGUGUUCCUGUUAAGCCAGUGUCUGUUCUGUAAAGCUUGGACAAUAUUACAAAACACAGAGUGAGAAUUUGCACUUUUUUUCUGAAGAGUUUUCUGUGUAUUGCUAUGUGGAUUUAGCUGAAUGAAGUGUUAUAAAUAAUAAAAUAUUCCCUUUGUAGUUGCAA